ACGUCACAGCUCGCAGUGUUGCUGUGGUUUUGUUGGCUGGAUCUGUCAUUUUAGCUAACCACCGCAUUAGUCGCUGUUCCGUUUUGUCAUGUCUCCUGCAACUCGCCCCCUUUAGAAAUAGGUCUGCUCACGAUUUCAAUUCUUCACGUGUCCACCUUUUGGAGGGUCAGAGGAUAGAAAUCUGGUCGGCGAGCAGAAGAGUGAGAUGAAAUGACAACGUCAACAUUACAGAAAGCGAUCGAUCUCGUCACCAAAGCCACAGAGGAGGACAAGGCAAAGAAUUAUGAGGAGGCUCUACGCCUGUACCAGCAUGCUGUGGAGUAUUUCCUACAUGCCAUCAAAUAUGAGGCCCACAGCGACAAGGCGAAAGAGAGCAUACGAGCAAAGUGCAUGCAGUAUUUGGACAGAGCCGAGAAGCUGAAGGACUACCUGAAGAACAAAGACAAACAGGGCAAAAAACCUGUCAAGGAGGCGCAGAGCAAUGACAAGAGCGACAGUGACAGCGAAGGGGAAAAUCCAGAGAAGAAGAAACUGCAGGAGCAGCUCAUGGGUGCCAUCGUCAUGGAGAAACCCAACGUGCGGUGGAACGACGUCGCCGGUCUGGAGGGAGCUAAGGAAGCUUUGAAGGAAGCGGUCAUCCUGCCCAUCAAGUUCCCUCACCUCUUCACAGGAAAGAGGACUCCUUGGAGAGGCAUCUUGCUGUUUGGUCCCCCAGGGACAGGAAAGUCCUACCUGGCCAAGGCUGUGGCCACCGAGGCCAACAACUCCACCUUCUUCUCCGUCUCCUCCUCAGACCUGAUGUCCAAGUGGCUGGGAGAGAGUGAGAAGCUGGUGAAAAACCUGUUCGACCUGGCUCGCCAGCACAAGCCGUCCAUCAUCUUCAUAGACGAGGUGGACUCGCUCUGCGGGUCCCGGAACGAGAACGAGAGCGAGGCGGCCCGCCGCAUCAAGACCGAGUUCCUGGUCCAGAUGCAGGGUGUGGGUAACAACAACGAUGGCAUUUUGGUCCUGGGAGCCACGAACAUCCCCUGGGUUCUGGACGCCGCCAUCCGCAGAAGGUUCGAGAAGCGGAUCUACAUCCCCCUGCCGGAGGAGCCGGCCCGGGCCCAGAUGUUCCGGCUCCAUCUGGGCAACACGCCGCACAGCCUGAGCGAGCCCGACCUGCGGGAGCUGGCCCGAAAAACCGACGGCUACUCCGGCGCCGACAUCAGCAUCAUCGUCCGGGACGCCCUCAUGCAGCCCGUUCGGAAGGUCCAGUCGGCCACCCACUUCAAAAAGGUUUGUGGUCCAUCCCGGAGCAACAACCAGCUGACGGUAGACGACCUCUUGACCCCCUGUUCCCCCGGCGACCCUGCAGCCAUCGAGAUGACCUGGAUGGAGGUGCCCAGCGAUAAGCUGCUGGAGCCCAUAGUCUGCAUGUCGGACAUGCUGCGCUCUCUGUCCACCACCCGGCCCACCGUCAACACCGAGGACCUGCUCAAAGUGAAGAAGUUCACAGAUGACUUUGGGAUGGAGGGCUGAGAGCCGGAGCCCCUCCUUCCGUCUGGUCCGCCUGAACGGCCAAAACCGCCCCCCCCCCUUGGUUACAACAGCCCCCCCCCCCUGCUCUUCCUCACCCAUUUCACCGCUCCGUAGGCUUUCAGCUCCCUUCCGGGCUCCGGUCUUCCGCCUCUCAUGGAUGCUGAAUGAGCGAGCGGUCUGACGACUCAUUUGGGAGGAUUUCAGAAUCCCUGGAGGACGCCGACCACACGCCGCUCCAGAAAACCUCUGUGUGCUUCGAUAGCUGGCCGGCAGAUCCCACGACCCGCCCCUUUGCUUCUCAUUACCCCCCCAGCCUACUGCGUCUGAUGAAGGACUGUACGUUUGGCUGCCUUCGUGCACUUUGGAGCCCAACGGAGGACGAACUCAGAAGUUAGCUCAUGCAAGGCAUGCAGGUGUGAAUGCAUCCAGUGUUUUUAUCAGGCCUGUGCGUCCAAACGUCCGUGUGUAAAUGUUAAGAGCCUGUUUUUUUGUUAUUUAAUGCAGAUUCACUUUAAGUUAGUCUCGGUUGAGCCUCUGAAUUGGUCUGAAUGAAGUAUUGGGGAUUCCAGAGACGUGCUUGACUGAUGGCCCAGGCCACCAAAUCCUGCUCCAGUCGUCAGCUCCAAACUCUACCGUCUGAGUUUGCCUUAAACUAACUAACGAGAGCUGAACAUCUGCUUUUUUUUCUGACAGACCAAGAUUAUUUACGCUUGUGUUUUUUAAAAACCCGAGUCAUUUCAAAAUAAGCUUCAGCUGCUGGGAAAAGUUUAAUUCUCAAACUUUGAAUCGGGCAACUGGGUGAGAAAUCACCCCAGAAGUACACAGUAAAGUUUGGACUUUAAAGCCGAUCUCAGAUCUACGCACACAUAAAUCCAGAGGAAAUAGAAUGAAAAGCUCCAGAGCAGCCACCUUUUCAGGUGGUCUUUUUAAAUGAAACAUCUGAAGGACACUUUCUCCUCCUGCUAAAACAAAAACGGAUCCGAAAUGUGACCAAAUUAGCCAUUUACUUUGGUCAGAUUGUGCUUUAACUCUCCUCAUCGCCUCUCUUUGUGGACUCGGGUCGGUACCUCACACUAAGACGCUCGCCACGGCAAAUCAGUCAAGCACAUUUCUGCCCCCCCCCCCCCAGCAGCGUCAAGCAGCAUCGUCUCUAAUUUAUUUGUCAGUUUCCACUUUAAUUGCGUCAUUAAUAGAGCUGCAGUGCGUUUACACUUGAAGUAUUACCUCCGUUGUUGUUUGUUGUUUGUUUCUGGACGGCGAUCGCACACUAACUCCUCCGAGGCGCCAUCGUUUGCGUUGCUGCUGUCCGAGUUUCUGCCAUCAGAGCGAGGAGAGCUGCUGCUGGGCUCUCCGCUCGCUCACAUCUGGAUCACAGGACUGACAGCGAUGGACUUUUGGAAACUCUUCGGCGCCCGUGGAGGUACUCUGGGUACAGUGGGAGCUCAGUUUUCAGCGUCCCCGUCAGGGGGCCCGAUGUGCCGCUGACCAUGUUACCAUGACUACUAAUUUAACCUAAAUUAAUAAAAACUGACAUUUCAUUGACC